GGGCGGAGCUGUGAAACUUUGCAAAGAGAUGCUAUACACACGACAGUGUCCUGCCUCAUGCCACAUUUAGCCUGACUGAUUAAGUAAUACAGACGCAGUUUGUGAAUAUUGUGCCUGUGAAGUGCUUUUCCACAAUGUUGGGUUGGAAAAGUCACGUGCGCGCUGGACUGCAGCAGAGGGACAAAGCAGAGAAACUGCCUUUUACUGGAGUCUUCACAUGCUUGUCUGAGACACAGGAGUGUUUUGAAUUUCGCAAUCAAGUUUUGGAGGAGAUUCACACUAAAAGUCUAGAAAAAGUUGGAGUUGAAGACUGGAGACAAACAAGACUCCUUCACCUGCAGCUGAGAGAGAGUGAACACCUGGCGGAAAAGCUCUCUCAGACAGUCUCAGAUCUUACUGCUGUGUUGUAUUUAAAAGAAGCUGAAAUACAAUACUGGCAAUCACGAGUUUCCCACUACCACCAAGAGGCUCUCCGUUUAGCAAAAGGCAGUAAGAGCCUUAAGUCUACUCUGGUAGAGUAUGAGUUUACUGUGGAGUGUCAGUCUAAGGAGCUGGCGUCACUACACAUGGAGCAGGAGAGACUGAAGGAGGCACUGGUCCAGCUCCAAAGAGAGAACGACCGAUUACUGCAGCUCUGGAUGGACAGGAGGAGCGAGGAGGCCUGCAGGGUCAAUGAAUACAACAACACGCAAGAGCGGUGGCACCGGUUGCUCAGAUACAUUAAGAAACACAAGGAAACGGACAAGCCAACUGUUCCUGAGGUGAUGCCAUUGAGUGGUACUACACAUAAGUGAAGUACUCAAAUGACUGUGUAUGCAUUUACAUUUUACAAUGUACAUGCUAACUCUUGUUGGAAUUAUACUGAACAAUUAAAUUAUGCAAUACAAAAACAUACUUUAAUAUUGGCUGAAAGUUGUUCUUGUUCUGACUGAAUU